AUGAAGCGUUCGAAGGAUCCGUUUGAAGACACAAUCGAGGAGGAAUCGCCGCCGGAAUCACCUAUCGGAGUCGGACGAACUGAAAUGGAGCAGAGUCGUGAAGAAGAAGGUGUUUUCAAGAAACGUAAAACCUCCGUUGCUGUUGUUGCUGCUGAAUCGAGCAACAAAGCUGAGAAAGUAGCCAAGAUGCAGAGCAUUCUAUCGCAGUUCACAGAGGAGCAAACGAGCAGAUACGAAUCAUUUAGGAGAUCCGCGUUGAACAAAACAAACAUGAAGAAGUUGUUAGAGAGACUCACAGGGAACAAGAUGAAGCCUGACGACGACAUCAACACGGUCGUGUGCGGUAUCGCCAAGAUGUUUGUUGGUGAGCUCGUGGAAACAGCUCGAGUUGAAAUGGGGAAAAGAAAAGAAACAGGACCUAUUAGACCUUGUCAUAUCAGAGAGUCUUAUCGGAGACUUAAGCUCCAAGGCAAAGUGCCUCAAAGAUCAGUUCCACGACUUUUCCGCUAA